ACAAACGCUUUGAGUAAACGUCAAAAAUCUCCAAAUAAUGUAAACAUGGCCUCGCAACGCAGUCACGGUGUAGAAAGAGUUUUAUCAAAAUUGGAGUCAUCAAUAAAUUCCGGAAACUAUUAUGAAGCUCAUCAAAUGUAUAGAACUUUAUAUUUCAGAUACUUGGGGCAAAGAAAGUAUCCCGAGUUAUUGAAAUUACUUUAUAAAGGAUGCCUAUUGCUCACACAACAUAAUCAGUUCACAAGUGGAGCUGAUUUGGGAAUUUUGUACAUUGAUGUAUUAACAAAAGCUGUGCCGAAUCCUUCGGAAUGUUAUUUUAAAGAAAUUGUAAAUUUACUUAGUGUAAUGAGUCCAUCGACACCGGAGAGAGAAACAUUCGUUCACGAAGCACUUCGAUGGAGUGCCAAAGGCACAAAUUAUAAAACAGGACAUCCUGAUUUACAUCAAAAGAUAGCUGAAGUUUUUUGGAAUGAAAAAAACUAUUACUUGGCUAGGCAACACUUUUUAUGCAGUAAAGACGGUUCUGGAUAUGCCUCUAUGCUAGUCGAACUUCAUUUGGAAAAAGGAUAUUUUAGAGAGAUUGAUCUCUUUAUAGCCCAAGCAGUUUUACAAUAUCUUUGUCUAUCAAACAAAGCGACAGCACAGGAAGUUUUUGAUUUAUAUACUUUACGACAUCCUCGAAUAGAAGGGCCUCCUUAUAUAUAUCCUUUGCUGAACUUUUUAUUUUUUCUACUAAAAACAAUUGACUCAGGAAAAGUAGCCGUUUUUACAAUUCUCUGCAAACAAUAUCGAAUAUGUAUUAGUAGAGAUCCAAGUUAUGAGCAAUAUUUGGAUAAAAUAGGACAACUUUUUUUCAAUGUUGCACCGGCUCGACCACGAAAUCAGGGAAUUUUUGGUUCUCUACUUCAGUCAUUUUUUGAUGGACUUGGCGACGAGGAGUUUAAUGUAGAAGAACAGAAUGCAGCAUCUACCUCUCAAGCUGGUCAAGAAUUAGACUGAUUGAUAGCGUAUCACAUGUGCGCUGCUUGAAUGUAAGUGAGUUGAACAUAAAAGAAAAACAAAAAAUGAAAUGUACCUUCAUACGCCCCAGAUACUUUCAGCAAAGUGCACUUAUGACAUAAAAAAAGAAAACUAAAUAAUUGUUUUAGAUGCUGGAACUAUCUUAAGAACGAUUAUCAUUUUUAUAAACAACGUCAGUGUGCAAAAAAAAAAAAAAAAAAAAAAAAAAAACAGUAAAAAUGUGAACGUACCUGGGGCAGAGUAUCGUAGAAAAAAACAAACAAUUUUUUAACAAAUCGCGUGGUUUAAUUUUAAAGGAAUGCGUAAUAAUUUUCAAAAACUCAUUAUUCUGAAUUAAAAUCGGUUUUAAUGAAUUUUGGAAAAUUAUCAUGAAUCCCUUUUUUACCUAGUUUCUGUAAGUUACAUUGACGUCCCCAUAUCCUUUACUGGAAGUUUUUUUUUUUAACAAAAGGUUAUCUAUUAUUUCAAGAUAACUAAUUAUAUUAUGAUAUUUGAAAAUAUCUCUUUUUUUUUGCCCCCAACUCCCUGCAAAAUAGAAGAAAUAUUCUAAUCAUCAAAAAAGUAAUAUUAUUUAACAAUUUAUUCUUCGCCUCGCAUAAAAUUUUUUUUGAAUAUUUUAAAUAGUGAUGCCAAAGAAUUAAUUUGAAAAUCAGACAUUAAAAAGUUUUGCUAUUCUUUUUUUUAAAUAUGAGAAGAAUUUACUUCAAGUUAUCUUCCGAAUGAAAAAUUCUUUGCUUUAAUACAUGACAGUAAUCACGAAACUUCCGUAAAAAAAUAUAAACGUCCUGUUCUUAAAAUUUUGUGCAAAACUCAAUGAAUUUUUUUUUUUUUUUAAAAGUUGUUUCAUCAACUACAUGUGUAAUAUAUAUAUAAAUUUAUAUGAUAAUUGCCAGAUUGCACGUAUAAUCUUUUUUACAUGAGCCUUACGGCAAAUCCAAGAAUGCAACUUACAAAACAACGUUAAAUAGUAUAUAUAUAUUAAAACAUUUUAGUAUGUGCAAAAAGAAAUUUUGCGCUAUUAUGAAUUUAGGGCGCAUCAAUUUUUUAAAAUAGUUCCCCCUUUAUAAGUUCUUUUUUCUUUUUUUUAAGACUCUCUUACAUCAGAAUUGUUUACAUAUACUAAUAUAGUUUAGAUGAGAGAAAAAAAAUCGUUAUUUUACAUAUGCUGAAUUGUAACAAAUAAACAUAACGCAGCUAUUAUGUAAAGAACAAUCACCUCUUGCUAUUAAUGAAUCGUAAUAUUGUAAUAUUUUAAUGACCGAUAGAACGACGUAUUUAUUAACUGCCACUGACUUGAAUUACUCUUAUAUAGGCAAAGAAUAGAAAAUAAACUGUGGCCAUUAUUUAUGUUUUUAAACUUUGCAAUAUUUGUUUAAUUUGAGUGAUUAAUACUGAUUAUUAAAGAAAGAAAAAUUAAACUCGAAGAGUAUUUUAUUAGAAAUAUUAAAUUCUCUUUAUAUUAUGAAUUACAAAUUUAUUAUUUUUUUUUUAAAGGCAAUUUUCGUAGAAAAUGGGUAUAGUAUAAUUGUGUUGAUUUUAAUGAGAAAUCUAUUUCAAAAAAAACUGCAAUGUAUUUUUAGUUAAAAAAGAAAUGAUCUCGAUAUAAGUUGAAAUAAUUUUCUAAUGGGAAUAAAAAAAUGAUAAAAUUGA